AGUAUCCAGGUCUCGGCCAUUAUUCUGGGCCUCGGUUGCCGCUGCGUCCCAUUCCUGAGUCUGUCAUCUCUUAGCGGCCUAAUGCCGAGGCGGCAGUACCCAAGGCUGGAACCACAGCGUGAGCCCCCGAUGAUACUGUCCCAGCUCUAAGGAAGAAGUCAAGCAAGGAUUAAGGGUACCUGGAGAGGAGUUUUUCUUAAAAGACAACAAUGACCAGAGAAAAUUGGGCUCACAAUACUCUGAGACAAGAGGGUCUUGUGAAAGGAAAGGAUGAUACCUGGAAAUGGGGAACCAGCUUCCAAGGGAGUAGCUCCUCUGUUUGGGAGACCUCUCAUCUACACUUUAGACAGUUACGUUACCAUGAGACAUCCGGACCUCAGGAGGCUCUGAGCCGGCUCCGGGAACUCUGUCGCCGGUGGCUGAGGCCAGAAGCACGCACCAAGGCACAGAUCCUGGAGCUGCUGGUGCUGGAGCAGUUUCUUAGCAUCUUACCUGGGGAGAUUCGGACCUGGGUGCAGCUGCAUCGCCCUGGGAGUGGUGAGGAGGCUGUGGCCCUGGUAGAGGAGCUGCAGAAAGACCUUGAUGAACCAGCACUAAAAGUUCCAGUCCUUGUCCAGGAUCAGGACACUCUCCAGAAGGAGAUGAGUUCUCCAGGAACAAUACUUCCUCCCGUACUCACUAGCAGCCACAUAGCAGCUGAAAUUUGCCCAAAUCCCCUUACAGACCCAGUGGUGUUCAACCUCCAGGAGCCUCAACAUGAUUCUCCUGCCCCUGAAGCUUCUGCCCUUUCCCAGGAAGAGAACCCAAGAAAUCAAUUAAUGGCACUUAUGCUCCUAACAGCCCAGCCCCAGGAAUUGGUGAUGUUUGAGGAGGUAUCAGUAUGUUUCACUUCAGAGGAAUGGGCAUGUCUGGGCCCAAUUCAGAGGGCCUUGUACUGGGAUGUGAUGCUGGAGAAUUAUGGAAAUGUGACCUCCCUGGAAUGGGAGACCAUGACUGAGAAUGAGGAAGUGACAUCAAAGCCAAAUAUUUCUCAAAGAGCAGACUCUCAUAAAGGAACAUCAAAAAGACUUCAAGGAGGUAUCCCCAAGGCCCUUGAUUUUGAGGAAGAGUGUGAAUGGCAAGUUUUGGCAAGUCAGUGGGAAAGUGAAAUAGAGGAAAGGACAGAUAAAGUGAAGAAAAUUUCCCUUUGUGAACAAGACAAGAAGAAAAGGACUUCACCAGAAAAACGAGGCCAAAAGUGGAAGGAAUUUGGAGAAAGCUUGACUUUAGGUUCAGCUAUUUCUGAAAGUUUAAUAGGUAUUGAAGGAAAGAAGUUUUAUAAAUGUGAUAUAUGUUGUAAACUUUUCAAUAAAAUCUCCCAUCUGAUAAACCAUCGGAGAAUCCACACCGGUGAGAAACCUCAUAAAUGUAAGGAAUGUGGAAAAGGCUUUAUUCAGCGCUCAAGCCUUCUAAUGCAUUUACGGAACCAUUCUGGGGAGAAACCUUAUAAAUGUAAUGAAUGUGGGAAAGCAUUUUCUCAAAGUGCUUACCUUCUAAACCAUCAGAGAAUCCACACUGGGGAAAAACCUUAUAAAUGUAAGGAGUGUGGAAAGGGCUUCUAUAGACACUCAGGCCUUAUUAUACAUCUAAGGCGCCAUUCAGGGGAGAGACCUUAUAAAUGUAACGAGUGUGGGAAAGUCUUCUCUCAGAAUGCUUACCUCAUUGACCAUCAGAGGCUCCACAAAGGGGAAGAACCUUAUAAAUGUAGUAAGUGUCAGAAGGCUUUUAUUCUGAAGAAGAGCCUCAUUCUGCACCAGAGAAUCCACUCUGGGGAAAAACCCUAUAAAUGUGAUGAAUGCGGAAAAACCUUUGCUCAAACCACUUACCUCAUUGACCAUCAGCGACUCCACAGUGCAGAGAACCCUUAUAAAUGUAAAGAAUGUGGGAAAGUCUUCAUUCGAAGUAAAAGCCUCCUUUUACACCAGCGAGUCCACACAGAAAAGAAAACCUUUGGUUGCAAAAAGUGUGGGAAAAUUUUUAGUUCGAAGUCAAACCUCAUUGACCAUAAGAGAAUGCACAGCAGAGAGAAACCUUAUAAAUGCACUGAAUGUGGGAAAGCCUUCACUCAGAGUGCUUACCUUUUUGACCAUCAGAGACUCCACAAUGGGGAGAAACCCUAUGAAUGUAAUGAAUGUGGGAAAGUUUUUAUUCUUAAGAAGAGCCUCAUUUUACAUCAAAGGUUCCACACUGGAGAGAAUCUCUAUGAAUGUAAAGAUUGUGGCAAGGUCUUUGGUUCUAACAGAAACCUCAUUGACCAUGAGAGACUCCACAAUGGGGAGAAGCCAUAUGAAUGUCGAGAAUGUGGGAAAACCUUUAUUAUGAGCAAAAGUUUUAUGGUCCAUCAGAAACUUCAUACACAGGAGAAAGCCUACAAAUGUGAGGACUGUGGGAAGGCUUUCAGUUACAAUUCAAGCCUGCUUGUACAUCGGAGAAUCCACACUGGAGAAAAGCCCUUUGAAUGUAGUGAGUGUGGGAGAGCUUUCAGUUCAAAUAGAAACCUCAUUGAACAUAAGAGAAUCCACAGUGGUGAGAAACCCUAUGAGUGUAAUGAAUGUGGAAAGUGCUUCAUUCUGAAGAAGAGCCUCAUUGGACAUCAGAGGAUUCACACGAGGGAAAAAUCUUAUAAAUGCAGUGACUGUGGGAAAGUCUUUAGUUACCGCUCAAACCUUAUAGCCCAUCAGAGAAUCCACACCGGUGAGAAGCCCUAUGCAUGUAACGAGUGUGGGAAAGGCUUUACUUACAAUAGAAACCUUAUUGAACAUCAAAGAAUUCACAGUGGGGAAAAAACCUAUGAAUGUCAUAUAUGUAGAAAAGUCCUUACCUCUAGUAGAAAUCUUAUGGUACAUCAAAGAAUCCACACUGGAGAGAAACCUUAUAAAUGUAAUGAGUGUGGAAAAGACUUUAGUCAGAAUAAAAACCUUGUUGUACAUCAGAGAAUGCACACUGGGGAAAAACCUUAUGAGUGUGAGAAGUGUCGGAAGUCCUUUACUUCUAAGAGGAAUUUAGUUGGCCACCAGAGAAUCCACACAGGGGAGAAACCCUAUGGGUGUAAUGAUUGUAGUAAAGUUUUUAGGCAAAGAAAAAACCUUAUGGUACAUCAGAAAAUUCAUACAGAUGAAAAACCUUGUGAAUGUGAUGAGUCUGAAAAAGAAUUCUCUCAAACUUCAAACCUUCAUCUUCAACAGCAAACCCAUACCGUUGAGGAAUUCUCUUGGCUACAAAAUACCAAUGAGCCCAAGUUUGAGAUUCAGAAACUCUAGUGUCAUAUGCAAAAUGGAAUAGAAUUUUUGCCUACAUAAGUAACUCUGGAGGAAUGGUAUAUAGUUCUAAGGAAAAAGUUUAUGAUCAAUCCUUUUAUGGAUAAGUGAGUUGCAUACAGAAAGUUAAACUUUCAGGUGUACAAAAACAAUGGAGUUGUAAGUAAUAGCAAGAAUAUCUUUGUAUUAAAAAGUGGAUGUUGUUUCUGGAAAUAUGUGUAGUGUACACUUUAAAGAUGGCAUCACUGCUGUAGAAAGGUGUGUAGACAAUAUGAUCCAGAAUGUCAAAGGUGGAAUUGAGUGGACAAGAGUCUGCUAUGAGAGGACAACCUAAGAAGAGCACUGGAUUUGGAAUCUAAAGACCUAGGUUUGGGUACUGGCUUUUUCCUUUAGCUGUGUGAUAUUAUUAAAUCAGUCUUUAAGCAUCAAUUUAUCUGUCAGUCAGAUGUUGACAUGAUGCCUACCUACCUCACAGGGUUGUUGUGAGGGUUAAGUGAAAGGAUCUUUGUGAAAG